AUGUCAGCUCACACCGCUACUUCUUGCCCUUUGCGCUCCAUGGCUUGUUUGACUGUGAAGGAUGGCAUUGUAACCCAUGUCACUCCAGAAUGGAUCGACAUCACUGGCUUUGACCCAGUUCAGGCACACAUCAACAAGCUGUGGACGACAGCAGAAUCAUCUCCCUAUGUCUCACUUGCGAACCCUUUUACUCGUGAAGAGAUUACACUUUGUAUCUGCAGCCACGCUUCCGAGAAAGACGAUAGAGAGAUCGACAUUGUUUGUUCAGACGUAACUGUUCUAGAUAGCCUUGCUCGCCAUAACCCGGUCGACCAUUGCAUUGCACGACUAUCAACUUAUGGAACAAUCGAGGCAUUUUAUGACCAAAAGACGAACUGGACACACGGCAUCGGAUUACCCUUGAUGCGGUUUGUCCACCCUGAUGAUGUUCGGAGACUUUGCGGGGGAUUGAGUGCUGCCGAGCUUGCGAUGGUUUCGUUCCAGGUCCGGUGUGAUUUUUACAACACAAACUACGACUGGUUCGACUUUACGGUAGUUAAUAUUGGCAAUGAUAUCCUGUGCAUCAUUCGGCCAAGUGAGAAUUUUGCAACUAAGAGCAGUCAGAUUGAGAAAACGAUUCCGACCAUCAGCAAUUACACAACUCUCCACCGUGUUCAUGAAUGUUUUUGGAAAAGCCUCGAGGCUGGUGUGGCUGCUGUUACCAAUUCAUUGGCAUCCACGCUUGUAUUCGUUGUCCAAACCAUUCUUUCGGCUUGUUUUUCCGAUCCUAAGAAUGGAAACUGGACUCUUGCUCUGUCGGAGCGCAUGCUUUUUGGUGCGCUUGCCAUGUUUAAGGCACGUCCUGAAAUAGACACUGUCUGGAAUGCGCUCAACUGGACAGGCUUCUUCCAUGAAUCCGCACGUUGUUCAUUCGAGCGACGAUUGGAUCAAGGUGCAGAAUGGUUGAUCACCAGGGCUUAUGGAAACGCAUGUAUUCCGGUCUAA